AGAAGGAGGCAGAGGAGUGAUGGAGGGUAACUCCACUGCAGGGUCCUUCUCCCCCGCGCAGCAGUUCAGCGUCGCUGACCUUGUCGUUGUAGUGGUUUAUUUUGCCUUAAACGUUGCAGUGGGAAUAUGGUCUUCGUGCAGGGUGAACAGGAACACCGUCAGUGGCUAUUUCCUUGCUGGCAGAGACAUGGCAUGGUGGCCAAUCGGUGCCUCUCUCUUCGCCAGCAGCGAAGGCUCGGGGCUCUUCAUCGGGCUGGCUGGGACCGGCGCUGCCGGGGGAAUCGCUGUCACCGGCUUCGAGUGGAACGCGACUUAUGCUCUUCUGGCGCUGGCCUGGGUGUUUGUGCCCGUCUACAUCUCAUCUGGGAUUGUCACGAUGCCUGAGUAUCUCCAGAGAAGGUUUGGAGGGGAGAGGAUCCGGAUGUACCUCUCCAGCCUGUCGCUCCUCCUCUCCAUCUUCACCAAAAUCUCUACGGACCUGUACUCGGGGGCUCUCUUUGUGCAAGUCUGCCUGGGCUGGGACCUUUACCUCUCCACCAUCCUGAUGCUGGUGGUCACGGGGCUCUACACCAUUGCAGGGGGGCUGGCGGCUGUCAUCUACACUGACGCACUGCAGACAUUCAUCAUGGUCCUCGGAGCCAUCAUGCUGGCAGUGAAAGCUUUUAAUGAGAUCGGAGGUUACUCCAACCUGGAAGAGGCCUAUUUAAGAGCUGUGCCAUCCAAGAUCGUUCCCAACGCUACCUGCCACCUGCCCAGAGCGGAUGCAAUGCAUCUCUUCCGAGACCCAGUCUCUGGAGAUCUGCCCUGGACCGGGAUGACCUUCGGGCUGUCUAUCAUGGCCACGUGGUACUGGUGCACCGACCAGGUCAUCGUCCAGCGGUCGCUCUCUGCCAAGAACCUGAGUCACGCCAAGGCCGGCUCCAUCUUAGCCAGCUACCUGAAGAUGCUGCCCUUGUUCGUUAUCAUCAUGCCAGGGAUGAUCAGCAGGGUCCUGUACCCAGAUGCUGUGGCCUGCGUGGACCCUGAGGAGUGCACCCGUGUGUGUGGGGCUGCUGUGGGCUGCUCCAACAUCGCCUACCCCAAGCUGGUGGUCGAGCUGAUGCCCAGCGGGCUGCGGGGUCUGAUGAUUGCGGUGAUGAUGGCUGCACUCAUGUCAUCCCUGACCUCCAUAUUCAACAGCAGCAGCACCCUCUUCACCAUGGACAUCUGGAGGAAGCUGAGGCCGGGGGCUGGCGAGCGAGAGCUGCUCUUGGUGGGCAGGGUGGUCACGGUGGUGCUGGUGGCCCUCAGCGUGGUCUGGAUCCCCAUCCUGCAGAGCUCCAGUGGUGGCCAGCUCUACGUCUACAUCCAGGCUGUCACCAGCUACCUGGCACCCCCCGUCACCGCCGUCUUCGUCCUGGCUGUCUUCUGGCCUCGAGCUAAUGAGCAGGGAGCUUUCUGGGGUCUGAUGGUGGGGCUGGCGCUGGGGCUGGCCAGGAUGGGGCUGGAGCUGGCGUACCCCGUGCCCCACUGCGGGGUCCCCGACCGUCGGCCCUGGCUGCUCGCUGACAUCCACUACCUGCACUUCGCCAUACUGCUCUGUGCUGCCACGGGGGCUGUCGUGGUGGGGGGCAGCCUGCUGACUCCCCCUCCACCUCCAGCACGGCUAAAGGAUCUCACCUGGUGGACCCUCUCACGGGAGCCCCCUCAGCCCUCUGUGGACCUCCCAUCCCGGGGACACCUUGAUGGUGAGGAUGCCAUGGAGCCCCCCUUCUGGGCCCGUGUCUGCGGCGUCAACGCCAUCAUCCUGAUGUGCAUUAAUAUUUUCUGCUAUGCCUAUUUUGCCUAG